AUGGAGGAUGACCAGUUCUUUUCGUCUAAUUCACUGCCAAUGGCUUCUUCAAAUCCUGAUCCUUCAUCAAUCUGCAAGAAUUGUUGGGCUGUAGCUGAAGAAACGACGCAAGAGGUGGUGAAUCGUAUCCACCCCACUUUGGACUCUGAGGAAAAGAGGAAGGACGUGAUUGAUUAUGUUCAGAGACUCGUCAGAACUUCUCUUGUUUGUGAGGUUUUCCCUUAUGGAUCAGUUCCACUGAAGACCUACCUUCCUGAUGGAGAUAUUGAUUUGACGACCCUUAGCAGUCCAAAUAUUGAGGAACGUUUGGCCUUUGAUGUUCUUGCUGUUCUGCGGGCAGAAGAACUGAAUGAAGAUGCCGAGUAUGAAGUAAAGGAUACCCAAUUCAUUGAUGCUGAGAAGAAUAUUAGUUUUUUGGUUAUCCCUCCUCUUCUUAUUCUUCUCCUCUCUUCGUUGCCAAAGAAAAUUGGGUUUGUCUCCUUCGAUGGCGAUGGCGAUGGCAAUGGCAAUGGCCUUUGCCUUCGCCUUCGCCUUCGCCUCCUCUCUCAAUCUCUCUAUUUUCUCAAUUUCUUUGCUUCUACAGGCAGGGCGGAAUUCCAAGUUAAGCUUGUGAAAUGCCUUGUACAGAAUAUUGUGAUAGAUAUAUCCUUCAAUCAACUAGGAGGACUUUGUACACUUUGUUUUCUUGAACAGGUUGAUCGCCUUGUUGGAAAAAAUCAUCUUUUCAAACGUAGCAUCAUUCUGAUAAAAGCUUGGUGCUAUUAUGAAAGCCGUAUUCUUGGUGCCCAUCAUGGUUUAAUUUCUACCUAUGCUUUGGAGACAUUGGUCCUAUAUAUAUUCAACCUGUUCCACUCAUCCUUAGAUGGCCCACUAGCGGUCCUUUAUCGAUUCUUGGACUAUUUUAGCAAAUUUGAUUGGGAGGACUAUUGUAUCAGUUUGAAUGGGCCAGUUCUCAAGUCAUCCUUGUCUGAUAUAGCAGUUGAGUUACCAGUGAAGGGACAGGAUGAUUUGAUGCUCAGUGAAGAAUUUCAAAGAAAUUGUCUAGACAUGUACUCAGUUCCAUCCAGGGGGCUUGAUACUAGCUUGCGAUCAUUUUCUCAAAAGCAUCUUAAUAUAAUUGAUCCGCUGAAAGAAAAUAACAACCUUGGGCGCAGUGUCAACAGAGGCAAUUUCUAUCGUAUACGUAGUGCUUUCAAAUAUGGGGCUCGCAAGCUUGGUAAAAUCCUUCUGUUACCAGGAGAAAGAAUUGCAGGUGAAAUCAAGAUGUUCUUUGCAAACACCCUGGAGAGGCAUGGAUGUAAAGAUGGUGCUGAUAUACAGAGUUCUGCACUGCCAUUUGGUGUGAAAUGGUCCAGCAAUUUGUCCUCAUCAUCCCAUGCUGAAACACUAUCUGAGGAUGAAAUGCAGCCAAAAUCAUCAAAUGACGAUUUUUCUGAUAAUAAUUUAGGGGUAGAACACAAAUGCACUUCAGUACUAAUAAAUGGGCUAGACAGAUGCUUGACUAGACUAGAUCGUUCACAGAUAAUGUCAGAAUCCAGUUGUUCGACAGAUGGGACUGCUGUCUCAGGAUGUCGCGGUGCUGGGGAUGCAAAUGGCCUUGCAACACCCAGGCCUCUGAGUUUGAGAAGCUCAAAUGACACAACUGACUGCUCACCAAUAAGUAGCAAUUUUAAUAGUUCUCUUUCUGGGCAAUUUUACGAUGCAUCUCAUUUCUACUUCUCCAGAGUGUCCACAGAAAAUGGAAACUUUGAAAAUGGGAUCCUCUGCCAGAAAAGGCCAUCAGAUUUCGUUGAUGAGAAGAUGGGUUAUCAUUCAUGGAUGGAACAGGGAGAGAACCAUUUAGAGGCCAGCCACACAGUCUGUUCAUGUGCAAACAAUCAUGAAGGUCUGAGCUCUAGUGGGUCGGCAAUCUCAAGUCUUGACAUUAACAGCUUAGAGAGUCUAUCUCUUGAUUUUAGGGAAAUGGGCUUAGGUGGCGACAUGGAAACUUUGAAUCCCUUAGCAGACCUCAGUGGGGAUCAUGAUAGUCACAUUAGGAGUCUUCUGUACGGUCAAAGUUGUCAUGGAUAUGCUUUAUCUGCUGCACCUGGGAUGCCCAGUCCUCCCACAUCGCCCUCUCAGUUCAGCAACAAGAGGCCUUUGGAUACUGUCCGACAAACCAGGCCACUCAAGCAGAAUUCAUGUUUGAGCACAGAUAGAGUGGCCUUGGGACCACCUGUUUAUCCUGCUAACAAAUCAACACUGUUCAAUGCUACUUUUGGUUCCAUUGAAAAACAUACAGAACGAGGAACUGGCACAUAUUUGCCCACUAUGAACUUAUUUUCAGGCAGGGAGAGAUCCUCACAAGGGAAGAGAAGAUAUCGUGCAACAGGAACUCACAGUCAAGUGCGGAGACACACCCAUAUCAAUGGUGUGGCUCCUGCUUUGCCCGAAAAGAAUUCAAUUCAAGUAGACAGUCAAGAUAUUUCAUGUGUCAGGUCCCCGGUUCAAGGUCAUGGGAAGUCUGGUUUAUCCCACCAGUCUCAUCAGUCCAAUGUGGGCAAUACUCAUGCCAAUGGCUUCUCCAAUUUAGCUUUGAGAAUUGAAUUUGGAUCUCUUGGACAGCUAGCCGAUGGAAACAGUCAGCUGUCUUCACGCACUUCUCAAGCUUGGGCUUCUACAUCAAACCCUGUGGUACCAGAAGUGCAGACUUCCAAACCAGUGCUGAAAAAAAAAGAAGAAAGGGUUGCCGAGGGAUCCUAUUACCUUAAGAAUGAAGACUUCCCCCCUCUGUCCUCCUGAAUGCUUUAGAUAGGAUGCUAAAGACUGAAAAAGUCUAAUAGUUGUAGAUGCUAACAAACUAAUGUGAUAUUUAGGGAGAGGAUUGUUCUUUCAUACUCAUAAUUUCUUUUUCGACUUUUUUAGUUGUUUGUAAGUAUAUAAUGUACAAUCUGGUAGCAUUUUAACUCCUGGUUGGUUUUUUGCUUUUGCAUCUCCAUUUGUUGGCUUUUUAGUAUAGGAUCUUUUUAGUAGAGGGAGUGCCGAUCUGUUUUUGUUUGGUUAGUGGAAGAAAUUGGAUGUCGAUAUAGGUCAUACGCAUUAAGAUAUGCUUAGUAAACUUAUGUGCG